AUGUGCACCCUCACAACAGCCGCUCCAGAGAUGGAUGAUUUUCGCGACUUCGUGAGAGAUGAAGACGAGGCAGAGGACCUGGAAGAGGUUGUUGAACCCUGGGACAGCUACGAGACGGAGGGAAACAAGAAUGUGUUCUACCCUAUCUGUCUGGGCGAGGUUCUGAAUGACAGAUACUUGGUUGAACACAAGCUUGGAUUUGGUGGUGGAUCUACUGUUUGGAUGGCACAUGACCUGAUAGACAAACAAGAUGUCGCCGUUAAGGUCAUGUCUUCGUGGCCCUGGGCCGAAAACGAAGUACGCAUGCAGAGAGAAAUAGCACAGAGCGUGAAGGACAGCUCCCAUCUUGUGACUUCCCUAGCGACUUUUACUCUGCUUGCAAAUGGAUUGGAACAUCAGGUCUUGGUCUUGCCAUUGGUGGGCCCACGGAUCAACUGGCACACUCUGGUCAAGGUUUCGAUGGCUACUAGGAUGUCUGCUGCCCGGCAGUUACUUGAAGCACUAGAGAGUUUGCAUACCGCUGGGAUUAUCCACCGCGACGUAAGCGAGGGAAACUGCAUGUGGGGAAUGACAUCUCUCGCCCAUCUCCACCGGAGCGAUAAGUACAAGGAACUCGGACGACCACUCAGGGAACCAAUACCGCACGUAAAGCACCCCUUCAAGCAGGGCGGACUUGUGCGCGCUAUCAACACCCCUAACCACCUCCGCACAGACGAUUUCUACCUCGGCGACUUUGGCCUUUCACAGAAAAUAACCGAUUCCAAAUCGCAACGCGGCUACCCAGAUCUGAAAUUCUGCUCCCCCGAGCGUCUUCAUCGAAAAGAGCCAAGCCCUGCCUGUGACAUUUGGAGCUAUAUGGUUGUGUUUUCGAUCCUGUAUCUUGACUUCUCGCUCUUCAGCAGUAUAGAAACUAGCGUGAUAGGCGACCAUGUUCGAUGUCUCGGUCCCUUGCCGGCGGAAUGGAAAGGGUGCUACACACACCCCAGCGGGAGGGAUUCGUGGUAUGAUCAGAGUGCGAAACCGGACCCGAAACAUGACCUUGCGUCUAAGGUUGCCUUGCGCCGUGGGGAUGCGGAUCCUGUUGAGCGGGGCCAUGUGGUUUCUAAUAUGGCCAAGGUCUUUGUGUAUGACCCAGCGAAGAGGCCAACGGCGACGGAGCUUCUGAGGGAUCCGGACUUUAGAGCUAUCAUGAAUAGAUAUGGGUGCUGA